UGACAAAUGCGGAAGUGUCAUGGCGCCGUGCUGCAGAAUCAUCAACACUGUCAUGCAGUGUCCCACACAGCACUGGUAGAAACAGUCUGUAAUGACUUUGGGGUUUUGGAUUAAUAUUUCAUAAGGACGUCAGAGGGACACUAACGAUGUCAGACGCAGGUUCAGGCGACCCCGGUGGUCGUGUGCCGACUCCUGGAGGGAGCGGUAACAAAGGACUCCUGAUGAGCCGUCGCCCGUCAGCUGGCAUCUCUCCUGGCCGCCUCCCCACGAUGCGAUCCAGAGACCUCACAUUAGGAGGAGUGAAGAAGAAAACGUUUACACCCAACAUUAUUGGCCGAAAAGUUAAAGAAGAAACAAAAGUUGAAGAUGGGCAGAGGAGAGAGAGGAAGGAAACUGAUCGAGGUCGGGGUCCCAGAAUGAGAGGCAGGGGCCGAGGCUAUCAAGAGCUCAUCCAGUCGCACUCCAUUUUUGAACAGGGGCCCGGAGACAUGAUGAUGAAAAAGAGAGGCGGCUAUGAAAGCGAGAGAGACGCUCCAAGCAUGGGACCCUCGCCCAUCAUUAAUAUCAAAAAGGAAAAGCGAGAAACCGAGGAGGAGACCAAAGAGAUCCUGCGCAAGCUGGAACGAGACAAUUUUGUGGAUGAUCCCUUCCUGCGGAGUGAGAAGAGGAGCUGCCCUGUCCAGCUCCCCCUCGCUGUGUCAGGAUGGGGAUUCAAGGAUGAAUUUAGUGACGCUCCGAUUAGAAAUGAGAAGAAAGAGGAGGAUUGUGAACCGAUGGAGCCUGCAGCUGAAGUGAAACAAGAGCCAGAGGAAAUUGAAAUAAAGAAGCCCGAGGCAACUUUCAGGCCUCCUCCUCUCCCCGAGCCCGAAGUACUCCCUGACCUGCUGCACAGAUGGAGUCUGAGCAAAGCGGAGGAGCUUUUCUUCAUUCAGCUACCAGACUCGCUGCCCGGGCAGCCUCCCACAAAAGAGCACAAGCCGGUGAAAACAGAGGUGCAGUCAGAGGAUGGGCAGUCUGUGCUCCUGAAAACAGAAUCAGAGGAGGAGAAAGCUGAGGACAACAGCUGCAAUCUGAAGGAUCUGCGGGAGGGUGUUGUGGGAAAGAUGCUGGUACGCAAGUCUGGCCGAGUGCAGCUCAUACUGGGGCAGGUGACGCUCGAUGUGUCUCUAGGAACAUCCUGCUCUUUCCUGCAGGAACUUGUCUCUAUCAAUACAGAGGGGAAAACGGGUAACUUGACUGUAUUAGGGAACGUCAAACACAAAAUGGUUUGCUCACCGGACUUUGAAGCUCUGCUGGAGAGCAGUUCUUGAUGCUCAUCAGAGGAGCAGGCGACUGAUCCUCCUCAAGUCCGAUGGACACCUGCGGAGAAGUUGACAAAAGGCUAGAUACUACAAGGCUGCUGCACCCGUAAGGCUUACAAGUACAGAGGUAGCUGACUGAGAUUUUGUGUUUACAGAGUGGUUAUAAAACACUAUCUAUAAUUAGGAAACAAAAGUUUUAUUUUCUCUCAUUCAUAGAGUUUAUUAAUUCAUGGUUGUAAGCUUGAAUGACGUGCCAAGUAUCAGUACCAUUUUUCCUUCUCUGUAUCUGAAAUUACUUGAAAAGACUUUACAUGAAUGUAAAUGUGUGAAUAAAAAGGGUGGGGUUUUUUUGUUAUCAAAGUAUUUUCAAUUGUUUAAAGGUUGGUUUGUGGAAAUUACAAAAAAAAAAAUUUUUUUUAAAAAACAUCAACAACAAAGGCUUUAUUUUUUUGUUUCGGGAGAAUUUGCUAUUACGUGAAGAGUAAUAUUAGAAAAGGUGUAUUAAUUCUAUCAUUCUGAUCCAGUACAAAUAGCAGGUUUGUACUAAUAUUUCCUAUUUUGUUUAGUUGUGGUCAAAAAAUGUUAAAUACAGUAAGACAGUUUUAAAUAUAGUGCAGAAAUUCUCAACAGGACUGAGCUUGGGGCUUUGGGAAGGCCAUUCAAGAAACUUAAUGUUAGCCUGUUUAUCUAAUCCAAAACCAGGUUUGAUGUGUUUUGGGUCAUUGUCUUGUUCUUGGUUGGCAUCCAGCAGUUUCCCGUUCAUGGCAGGCUUGAGCUUUGGUGAUUCCUGGGUUGUUCUAACAAUUUACUCUCAUCUAAGGGUGAUAGUUUAUGACCUCUUUUUAGACCUUAAAAAAGUAGUGAGACAUCUGAAUAACUUUUAUUUAAGGACAGCUGGUUAAACUGAUGAUCUUAGAAUUUGCAGUGUUUAGAAAUGGCUCAGGGAGGUCUUGACAACUUGUGUAAAUCUA